GCGCGGGGGAAGCGGCGCCGCGGCCGUGUCGCUGAGGGCGGACGGCGUCGGGUUCGCUGGGCUGUGCGGCCGUCGCCGCCUGGCACGCGGGGCGCGCCUUGUCCCUUCCUGCACUGCAGGCUUCAGACGCGCGCGGCAGCGUCCCGAAGGCCGCGGCUGGCGACGCGGGUGUAAGGUCGCUCCGACCCGACCUGGCUCUGCCCGAGGAGCCGCAGCUCCCGAAGACGCGUCCCGGGCGUGGAUCGAGGGCUGUGCGGGCUGCCUGCCCCUCUGCACCGAGCGGAGGGUUUCUCUGUAGCUUUGGAGCCUGUCCUGGAACUCACUCUAUAGACUUGUCUGCCUCCCUGGUACUGGUUUAAAGGAUAUUUUAAAGAAUUGUUGAAGAUGAAGUUUUUAUUUUUGUAUGUUUUUAAUGGCUAUGCAGAAUAUUAAAUAGAACACAUUUGACAUGACAACGAAAAAUGUAACGUUUCGCUUGUUGCAUUUCCAGUUUCCAGCACCAACUCACCAACAAAGAUUUUACCGAAAACCUUAGGGCCAAUAAAUGUGAAUGUUGGACCCCAAAUGGCAUGAUCCAUCACAUCCAGCCUGUGUAGUCCUCGGGACCAGUAGGGAUCAAACCCAAAACUUCAUGCAUGCUAGAUUAUAAGCACACCACAGAGAAUUACCAAUUCAGGAAGUGUUCUGAUUGGGAGUCCAUAUCCCCCUGCACCAGCAAUGGUCACUCAGACACACAUAGCUGAGGCUGCUGGCUGGGUUCCCAGUGAUAGAAAACGAGCUAGAGAAUUUAUAGACGCUGAUUUUUCAGAAAGUAAACGAAGCAAAAAAGGUGAUAAAAAUGGGAAAGGCUUGAGACAUUUUUCAAUGAAAGUGUGUGAGAAAGUUCAGCGGAAAGGCACAACAUCAUAUAAUGAAGUAGCUGAUGAGCUGGUAUCCGAGUUUACCAAUUCAAGUAACCAUCUGGCAGCUGAUUCGCAGGCUUAUGAUCAGAAGAACAUUAGACGAAGAGUUUAUGAUGCUUUAAAUGUGCUUAUGGCAAUGAACAUAAUUUCAAAGGAAAAAAAAGAAAUCAAGUGGAUUGGCUUGCCUACCAAUUCUGCUCAGGAAUGUCAAAACCUGGAGAUAGAGAAGCAGAGGAGGAUAGAGCGGAUUAAGCAGAAGCGUGCCCAACUACAAGAACUUCUCCUUCAGCAAAUUGCUUUUAAAAACCUGGUACAGAGAAAUCGACAAAAUGAGCAACAAAACCAAGGCCCUCCUGCUCUGAAUUCCACCAUCCAGCUGCCAUUUAUAAUCAUUAAUACAAGCAGAAAAACAGUCAUAGAUUGCAGCAUCUCCAGUGACAAGUUUGAAUACCUUUUUAAUUUUGAUGACACCUUUGAGAUCCAUGAUGACAUAGAAGUUCUGAAGCGGAUGGGAAUGUCCUUUGGUCUGGAGACAGGCAGGUGUUCUCUGGAAAAUCUGAAAAUUGCGAAAUCACUGGUUCCAAAAGCAUUAGAAGGCUAUGUCACAGAUAUCUCUACAGGACCUUCUUGGUUAAAUCAGGGACUACUUUUGAACUCUACCCAAUCAGUUUCAAAUUUAGACCUGACCACUAGUGCCACCGUACCCCAACCAAGUGUAAACCAGGGGUUGUGCUUGGAUGCUGAAGUGGCCUUAGCGACUGGGCAGUUUCCUGCCUCAGACAGUCACCAGUCCAGUAGUGCGGCCUCUCACUGCUCUGAGUCCCGCGGCGAGACCCCUUGUUCAUUCAACGAGGAAGACGAGGAAGAUGAGGAGGAAGACUCCUCCUCCCCAGAAUAAAGACAGGAAAAAACUCAUGUUUUAACCUGUGAUGCUCAUGUGUGUCUUUAGUGUGAGCUCUUGUGUUUUGAAAUGAUUGCUUCAGUCUUUGCCUUUGUUUGCAUUUGUGUUUAGUGAAAACUAGAGAAACACAAUAAGCAAAUUACAUGAAGGCUGAGAUGAUUGAAAUGAAAGUUAAUGUAGCGUGGAAGAAAACUGAGCCACAGAGCAGUAGGUUACAUCGCCAACAAAGCAUGCUCUCUGAAGAGACAGGAAUAAUCCAUGAAGAAUGGCAGUGAAUGAGGUUUGUUUUCAGGGAGGUGGGGUUUGAAGACCCCACAGUGUGUCAGCAUUUAGACUUGAGAUUGCUGCAAGGAACGGUAUGCAGUUUUCUCCCUUGUCGGGCUGCCUUUUACAGGCAAAAGUGAUCCUGGAAAUCCCCGUGAGUGUACAGUGAGGGAUGUAGCUUGCAGGCUUGUGGCCUGAGGAGCACAGAUGAACUGCUGAGCUAGCUGGAGGCCCAGCUGAGGUGCUUUGCACAUCUGCUGCCUUAGCUUCUAGAAGGGAGCAAGCGCUACCUUAUAAGUACCUAGGUGAUAUUUAGAAUAAUUUACAGUAAACUGAAGUGACCAUUUGUCAAUGCAUUGGUGCAUAGGAGUUUGUUUCUAGGGCUACUUCUGGAAGCCAAGAUAGAAUAGCAUUUCCAUGUGCAUUAAAAACUGCCAGCACUGCCUUUUGCAAGCAUUCUAAAUUUGGACUUUUACUGAGAAGGAAACUGUAUUUAUAGUUUUAAUCAAAGCUAUGCAUUUCAUACAGCUUUUUAAUUUACAGUUGAACAAAGAAGCAAAUUCUUUGACCAAAUUGCUUGUCUAUAGCUGUCUGCAGUACUGUGUGAUUUUACCCAUGUGCAAUUUGUGAGAAUGAACCAAAUGUCAUUAUUUUUGUCUUUAUUUCAAGAAUAUGAACAUCAUUGUCCUCUUGUACAUGUUAUUUUUUCAUAUUUUAAUUAUCAAAAUGACCUUAUCAGAUUUAUUCCUGGGUAAAUUGCAUUUCAAACUAACUCAAUAUUCAGUGUUUUUGUUAAAACCUUGAACACUCCAGUUGACUGCAUCUGUGCUAAUGUGGUAUGUCAUUCGUGGAUACAAAGCCAGAGUUGCCAUGAGACUACUGCAGCAUGUCUGUGAUUUCUGCUCCUCUCAGUAGGGGAGCACAGGACAUCCACUGCCAAGCCAAACCCAAUGUAACUAACACAUUACGGCCUUGAACAGGGGCAGAGAAUGGAAUCAGUUCUGAAGCCAGAUCAAGUCACAUGUGUUUGUCCUGGUUCUGUGUACCUGGCGUCUGUGGGCCCUACACCAAGCUCAGUCCAAAGUGCUGUUCUUCUUAGUCCUAUAGGGGAAGCUUGAGCGGAAGCAGAAGCUUCGGUUGGCUUGAAUGUUGUGAGGCCGUUAACAGUGAUAAGUAUGAAUGUGCAGAUACAGCUUAGGUUCCUUUGAGAGGAAACUCAUUGUAUCAGAAGGAAGCUGUAGUGCAAGCCCAAGUGUUCAAGGGGCACAAAGGUCCCGGCAGGUUGUCUUGGCAUGAGCUCUAGAACACACUUCUUACCAGACUGUCAGAGAAAAGUGGUCCAGUAUGCAACAGGAGCUACCUCCUGUUAGCGAUGCAUUUCUGUCUCUGUACUUAGGGGAGCCUAGCAGAGACCUGGAGAGGUCAAGGGCAUCAGUUGCUUUUUAGUUUUCAAAAUACUGACCUACUGGUCCUAAGAUGUUUCAGAACUUAAAGCAAAUGCACGCAUUACACCCAUUUCUUUUACCAGGCAACUAAAUCCGUGCAAGAGUUCUCAAGGAACGUCUCCUUUUAUCUCAUCCCUGCUGCUGUGUGCUUUACACUGACAACAGCAGGGCUUGAAAGGGGCGGGCACACUGCACAUGUUGUAUGCCUCUGGUCCCAGCACACUUCCAAGUCAACCUUGGCUGCAUACUGAGUUCAAGGCCAGCCUGGGCUUCAUGGCAUCCUUGUCUGAGGUGGGGCAAGCAGAGACUCAAUCUUUGUGUGCCCCGCCCCUGACCAUCCUAACUAUCACUGUCAUGCCCCGUUCCCCUGUGAUACACUGCUGAGGACAUCUAAGAUUACUGUGGUCAUCAGGUGCUGCUGGUGUAACCCUGAACCAAGAGGAUUACUUGUAAUCCUAGGCAGGCAAAGGACUCACCAGAGGUUUGGAACCAGCCAUGGCUACAAAAUGAGACCAUGAUGCAGUACAGAAAAAAGGAAGAGCCUAAAUUGAGAAGUUACAAAGAAUGAACUCUGGUCUUUAUCUCCCUUAAACAUCCAUCUGGGUCCAGCAGCCCCAAAUCAUAGUGCAGGAAUCAAAACGGAAGGGGAUGUUAAAUUGUGGUCAUAGCAUCUGGCUUCUUUGUAGGAGGGGUACACAGUGGUUGCCUCCCCCAAAUCAUAGUGCAGGAAUCAAAACGGAAGGGGGUGUUAAAUUGUGGUCACAGCAUCUGGCUUCUUUGUAGGAGGGGUACACAGUGGUUGCCUCCCCCAAAGGUGCUGGGCACACUGCUUAAUGUGUCAAAAGGCUUUCCCCUCUUAAGGUUGAGUUUCUCAUUGUCAGUCUCACUCUCCUGAUCACAUGGGCAGCAGCUGGCUCUGGUUCUACACUGUGUGAAGAGCAGGUCCACAGGCUACGCAGCUGAGCAGCCGCCGGUGCUUAGGUGCCCUUUGCCUGUCCCCACUGGAAGUCUGUUCACUGUUUGCAUUUAUUGUGCCUUACACAGGAAGAUAAGAACUCACUGGAAUCCUCCUCCCUCUAAGAAGUCCCCCAGAAAACAGGCUGGUGGACACAUGUUUGCAUCUUUCUCAAUUCUUUUAAAGACUAAAUGAGGAACUCCUCCUGUUAGCAAUAUGUAAUCAGAACAGUAGCAGUACUCAAUCAGUAAUUUUUGGAAGAUAAUUCCCAGUCUGUUCUCAGAAUAUCCCUAUCAGACAAUCCAGAUGAAGAAAUGGCCCACUGGUUCCUGCAGGCUUCCUCAUUCUGCUCUUCCUAUCUAAACCGACUGCUUGUCAAAAGUGUCAGAGCUGCUCCAAGUAUAACAUGAUUUAUGCCCUGAGACAGUCUGAACAGAGUGUGUGUGUGCACGUGUGUUGUGUGACAGACAGACAGACAGACAGACAGACAAACGGGCAGAUGACAGGAAUGGCCUCAGCUGCUUGUGCUAUAACCACACACAGAACAAGAAGGCUGCUCAAGGUUAUAAGCUAGCUCACUCCAACAAAUGGGCUGUCCUUAUUCACUAAGUCUGCUGCAUAAGGCUUUGAAAUUUUCUUCCUUAGUGGUAAGCAUGGACAGGGUUUGUUCUGGGGGAGGGAAUUAAAAUACCAAACUCAGCUGCUUUACCUGUGUACAAGCCAAGUGAGGACUGUAGCAAGCCCACAGAGUUCUUGGCCUCAUUGCCUUGAACUACCUCACAGGCCAGUGAUCUGAGAUGAAGAGUUCACAUAUGCUCUCUAAGUUGCUAAUACAUAGAUGCAGCUUGUGAUGAACACAUGGAAGAUUACCCCCAUGCUGCAUAUGGGCUGGCUUCCGUGAAAUACACUCUAUAAACCUAAGAACCUGCCUCCCGGGGGGCUUCCUAGUUUUCUACACCUUGAACAAUCAGUUCCUCUAAGCACUGAUGGUUAUUAAUAUAUAGUUUUUUAGACUACUGUGCAUGCCAGAAACCUAUGGCAGUCACCCGAAUGAUCCACAGAACGUGCCUUCCAGCUCACUAAUUCAGUUCACCUAUGCUGUUAACCUAUACUUGAGCCAAAUACUAUAACACUCAAAGCGGGGAGCCUAAUAUGAUCAAUCUUCCUAACAAGCCUCAGGAAGUAACCUCUUAUAUAUACCCGAAGUUACAGUUAGUUUGUAGGAUCGUUUUCCUACAUCUGUGUUCACAAUAUGUUAGGGGGGGUAGGGCAGAAAAUUUUGGCAUGUCAUGUUUCCCAGGAGUCCUUGACAGGUGCAAAGCCGAUCUGAUAGGUGGCCACCCCUCAGUGUAAAACUGCUUGUCUGACUUCUUUCAGAUAAGGAAGAUCUUAGGUUAUUUUUACAUGUUACAUAUUUUUUUUAAAAACUUUAGAACCAGUGCCUUGGCCCGUUGUCAUCCUAGCAGAGUGGAUCUUGGUCCUCUCUGCUUAAAAAGCUACUUUAGAAACCAUCGUAGCCACAGUGGAAAGUCGGGGUUUGUGUCUUCUCUACUAGUGUCUGAGGAAGGGAGAGAGCAUCUCUUAGGACCACUCAGUCAGAAAUGGAAGUGUGCAGAGCUUGCGGCCAGCAUCCCUUAGCCUCUUUUGCAGUCUGCUCCCGUUUGUCUCUUCCCUCGGAGCAUCUUUGCCUACUGUAGAGCACACCUUCACCAUGGGCCAUCCAGACAGCACCAAUCUUGACAAGUGCCAAAAAAACCCUGAGGAACUCAAGGGAUCUCUUCCCCCAAGCCCAGUCAUGCACUGCCAGCUUUGGCCUCUCAGGACUCCAGGUGCAGAUGGUCACAGUCACAAGAGACCCUCCCCAGGCCAAGGCCAUUUAUUCUGGACACCCAUAGGGGCUUAAGAGGUGGAGUUACCAUCUGGACCAUAGGGACUUGUUUCCAACCAAUCUAUUUGGACUUCAGAAGCUAUUGAUUUGCCAUGCUUGACUUCAAACUCCUAAGUAUGCUAGUUUUGCAUAUCCGGACUCCUGGUUUGGUUUGAUUUUUCAUACUUAUCUCCAGUGCUCGAGCCACCUCUCUGAAAGCGGCUUCUCUGCAGGUUAUGUUGCUUUUCCCACUAGUAGUAAGAUGACACUGAGAAAUGGGAUCAGUCCUCCGCCUGCUGUGGUUGUCCAGGUCUGAGUUCCGGGGACCCCAUCAGUGCUGUGAAGUGCCUGGGUACCCCAUUUGCCCUGCUACACUUUACCUGGACAGAAGGGAUGAGGUUGUUAGCCUAGAUCACCAAGAGAUUUUUGUUCCUAGAUUGAGUACACAGGCUAAUAAAUUAUUUUGUAGUAUCUCAAACUUUGCAUAAAUAUUAUUUUUGUAUGGAAUUUUUUAUAGAAGAGCUAUUUCUGUAUACUUAUUUCUGUGUUUUUUGAAAUGCCUUCCAGUAGGUAACCAACAAGUCUUAAACAGUGUCCCACUACGAGUGACUCAGGGUCCACCUACCCAGAAGAGACACAAUUUAAAUAUUUUUUUCUGCUCCCUGCACCCACUCCAGAUAGAAGCUCAGGGUGUACCUAGGAAGUAUGUAUGAGUCUUAAUAAGCUUUGACUGAUUUUUUCCCUCAAUUCACACAUCUUUGUUCAUACUGUAAGAGUAAAAGAAGAUAACAUCUGAAAUGAGUAUGUUGAGCUUGAGAAAAAUUGUAUCAUACUAUUCUGUGAUUUGAGAUACAGAAAAAUAAACAAGGAAUUUAAAAUAA